CUGAUUUCGGCGAUUCAGCGCGACAUGCGCGACAUUUUCGUCGACAAGUUGUCACGAAUUGAUACCGCUGAGCUCAAGUCUCAGUUGUUUAAGAAGCUUGGGCGCCGAAAAGCCGAGAGGUACUUUUAUAUCCUCAAGAGAUUACUGAACUUGAAACUCAGCAAGUUGGAGUUCGAGAAGCUGUGCUAUGGGAUUAUCGGAAAGGAAAAUCUUGCCCUUCAUAAUUUGUUCAUCAGAUCGAUCCUUAGCAAUGCGUGUCUUGCGCUUGCACCACCUAGCAGAGAGACAAUCACAGGAAAUUCACGGACUAGUAAGAUGUCGAGCUUCGGUGAAACCUUCCCAGCAUCCCCUCGGAGGGGAAGGUCUAUAAACAGCAAGGACCGUAGAUCAGCUGACCGAGCAAGACUCCUUGGGCCGUAUGGUAAAAUUCCUCCUGGACAUGUUCAAGAAGUCACAAAUUCUUGUGAUCUUCAGAGGCCACGGGAGCAACAAAGUGCUCCAGAGUUGAUAUCUAUUGGUAGCAAAGCUCUAGCAUCCGUCGAAGAUGGGGAAGAGGUUGAACAAUAUAGAUGUAGCCCAAGUGUUCAAAGUAGAAGUCCUUUAAGGCCUCCUCUUGGCAUUCCAGUGACACUUGGUGAUCCUCCUAGUAAAUUUUUUCGUACUGGUUUUACAUCAAGAUUAAAACUUAUUGAGCCAAAUGUUCUUGACAGUUGUCUUCGUACUUCUCAACUGCCAGAUACAAGGUCUUUGAGGGAUCGGUUGGAGCGUAAGUUGGUGGUUGAGGGCCUUGGUCUGUCGGUUGACUGUACUAAUGUGUUAAAUCAUGGAUUGGAUGCAUUUCUAAGGAGGCUGAUAAAACCCUGUAUGGAUUUAGCUAGAGCAAGACACAGUUUUAAUAGGACGAGUCAAGGGGAUGGAAAGAUUUUCCCCAAUAUGAAAGGUUUGUGGCAAGUGGGUCAAGUGCAAACAUCGAAUGAGUCCUACUAUGCUUCUUUACUCGAUUUUCAGUCGGCAGUGGAAUUGAAUCAUAAAAUACUUGGAGGUGAUUGGCCUCUACUGCUUGAGAAGAUAUGCUCACAUUUAUCGGAAGAAUGAAAAGUGACCUGUGUAUGGUCUUAGUCCCUCUUUUGUGGUGAUUCCAGAGUUGAUGCAAAUUAAAGGAUCCUGUGAGCUUUCAAUACUGUUGAUGCAAUAAUAUGCAAUUAUUGUUAUCUGAAGAAUUUAUAAUGAAAAGGCCUUUUUCAGUUUCAAGACAUUUAAACUUACACACCAAGCAUCUUCCAACAUAUGACAUAGAGAACAAGACACACUUCCUUCUUGAUAGGUUCGGUCAAUUCUCAAGGUGCUGAUUUCUUGUGAUGGAUCCAUGUCCUAGUUAUUAAAUGUAAAAAUUUCAAAUUUGCAACUUUGCAUCUUAAAGAAAUUAUAAGUUCAUAGUCAUUUUUGAAUAUUUGGUUUGUGCUCGUAAAAGAGGUAUUAGUUCUCCACCCUGUUGUGUCUUUUUUACUACCAUGUCAAUGAUCUCUUUUCUCGACAAUCAACAUCAUAGAAGUGGGAUACAAUUCAUUAUCCUUUUAUGCUUUAUCAGAAUCUUAGUUGCUUAUGGUUUCUUAUUGUACCUUCAAUUCGUAUUUAAUUCUAAAAUCUCAUACUGCCAAAGCUAUAUAUUUGCCCCAUUUAACAAUAGCAUGUCUAGAUAUCAUCAUUGCUUUAAGCAUUAAAUUUGAUUCAAAUAAUCUUGGAUACAGAUAUCAGAAAACUUUACAACAUAUUAUGGAUGGAUCAAUCUGCCUAAUCUUGAAGAUAUAGGAAAUGAUACGGAAUGAAAUCAAUAACAGACCUUUGUAUCUAUCAAGAGUAUUAAUAAAUGUAGUUUUAACACACCACCAGUUAACCCGAUGGUAAUGUACCCAAGCCUUUUACCUUAGGUCGAGGAUUUGAAUCCUUUCUAUAUGGCACCUUGUGCAUCUGCUAUUCCUUGCUGUGGUGCCUUAGUGCUUUGUGUGUUAGUUACUCUUUGCCCUAUGUGACAAAUUUUCUUCUCCGAUGUGGGGCUUGAUGCCAAGGAAUGAAAUGCAUUAUGCAGGCAAUUGAGUGACCACAAAAUGCAUUUGCCCUAUGCGUAUCUGGGAUCCAUUAAGAAAACAUAAAAAAAUAUAAUUUAGAUUAGAAAAAUCUAACAUAAACCCUAUGUUCAUUCCCUAUUCAGUUGCAGACUCCUCUAAUCUCUAAAUUUAACUUGCCAUCUCAUGUUUUUAGUUCACGAGACUCAUGUCAUAUUAAACAUAUCAUGAGUCAUGCGGUCGAGCAAUAUAUCUUACCACAAUGAGGGAACCAAUUGAUAAACUUUGUUAUUCUGACCAUGCUACUAAGGAUUGUGAAUCAUGGAUAACGUUUGCAUGUGGAUCAUGGUGCAUUUUACUGAAGUCUUUGAGGUACUACGAUCAACUUCCUAUGUAUAGAAUAAUGAUGGUUAGAGAUGACCCAGUGAUGGACUUGUUCUGUUUGAUUGAACCAGCUGGACCAAUAGGCUCAGCCCAUUAAGUUGAGCAAUUAAGCGGCACAUGCUCCCGUGUUACAUACGUGUGGACCGAAUACAUGUUCAUACUCAGGCACACUGCAUAUUUGUAAUGUGGACACAUAAUCGGGUGCACCGACUGCGUUAUAGAACUAUAAUUUAAGGAACCAUCAAAUACAUGCCCAAGAAGGCUACAACGAGUAUCUAUAUCUAACAUGUUCUCCAUAGGGUUAGGCAAGCAUUUUGAACUAUCUAUACUAAGCAUUCUAGCUUGGCUAUGUAACCCAUAAAGUUAUGAAGAUGCAGAAGAUUAAACAUAUCCUUUUUUAGGGUAGUAAAGUAUAAUUUUAGGAUCUCUUAAUCUAAGUUACAGUAUUUUCUAUAGUUGUCAAAUGUGUGGAAAGCUUAUUACUCCUUUAAUAAAAUUUUCAUCAUAUCACAUUAUGUAAAAGUAAGUAAACUGAAUGGAGUUUCUGGUCGCUAAGAGAUGUCUAGAAAAUAUCCCUGUCAGUACUUAUAAGUGGAAGCAUAUCAUGUUAUUAUUUAAUGGCCAUAAUAAUUUCCUACUUGCCUCCAGAGGUCAUCUGUUUUCUUGGAUCUCUUUAUUCUUUAUAUGCAGUCUCUGUUGGUUAAGAUAAGCUGGCUAAUGAUGAAUGUUGAAUAUUAUAAUUGGCUUGGGUUCUUAGGAUAUCAUAGUUGCAAAUAUGGUGCUUGUCAAAGAGCUUUGUUCUAGCCAAAUCGUUGUCUUCUGUAAAUUUGAGCAAAAUCUUUGACAUAUAUACUUGAUAAGCUAGUAGUUGCUGUAUUGUUAGAAAACACCAAAGCGUUAUACCUAAGAUGGGAUAACCAUGUGAUGGCUCUCAUUAUGAAUUGGUAAUUGGACUUUGAAAAGAUUAGGAGCAUUGCUACUGACAACUAACAUAAAAAAAUUUUUGAAGGUCAUGCUUUCGAUUUUUGUCUACUACUGCAUUCCUGAUGGCUAAAUUUAUGGGAAACCUACCACUGUUAGAAGCUUGUUUUAUUCAAUUCCCUAGGUUGUUCAUAUUGCUGGUUUGUGUGCUUCGUAAAACGCAGUGCUUUCUCAUGUUGUUAGUGGUUACACAAUAGGCAUAUGCAUUAUUGGGACACAAUUCACCGAUUAAUCCUUCUAUAUUAUCAGCCAACAUAUAUACGAAAUUAAAGAGAACACGUAGACAUGAUACUUCAAUGGCAAGACUAAUUGUUAUUUAAAUUGUCAAGUAACAUUGAUUUUUAGUAACAUGUUCUGUUAAUAUUAGUAGCUUCAUGUGUUCACUACAGGAAAAUGACAGUGAGUAGUAAUGAAUGCCAAUGGUGACCAUCCCUGUUACUGGGAACUUCAGUAAAUGAAAAUUUAAUGACUGGUUUUAGUCAAUUAAAAAAUUGUUAUAUACAUACAUAUACAUCUGUAUGUGAAGUGCUCUCCAACCUUGUAUGUGAUAGCAUGCAACUGAUUGUAGCUGAGGCUGCAAGAGAGGUGGAAGACGAAGGGCACCCAGAGGUGCAGGUAGCUUCAUAUGCUAUGCAAUUGUACUACCUUAGCUAAUUGGAAGAGCUGCAGAAUACAUUCUGUCACUCGUUAGAUUCUCAGAAUUUUUUUUGCUUUCUUUUAUUUUGGUAAUAUUGGUGACUAAUUAAUGAAGUUUUCCAUUUUCCAGAGAAAAGAGAAACAAAAACAAAGAGGUUGAUUCACCAUGGUGUUGCCAAUAAGAAUGUUGAUUGCACAAUCCACCUGCACGUUCCAGUUGGCUCAAGCAUUGCUUCCUCAACCUUUUUUCAUCAAUACUAACAAAAGCGGCAAUGUUUCCCUGUAUCGAAUCCUUGUGGAUUGUUAUUGCACAAAUUAUUCACACUCAUUUCUUUCCCAACUUGUAGUAGUUUCCAAGACACGUUUCAAUGCUUCAUUUGCUGUGGACUUGUCAAUGAGAGAAUUGAAGCUGUAAAAAUUGGCAAGGAAAAGUUUGUCGAUCAUGUAUGUAUGUAUCUUGAUACUUACAGAGACGGCCACAAGCUAUUUUUGUUGUUCUAA